AUGGGCUUGGCAUACAGUAGCAUUUUUCAGCGACUGCCCCCCGGGGCCCGCGUGGUUGUGAUGGGACCUCAGAACGCGGGCAAGAAGACGUUGGUGGGCCGGCUCAAAUUACAGGAGGAAAAGAUCGUAGUUCGCAUGCCGGAUGCAUUCAGCAUUCGAGCCUUUCGCACGCCUCCGACCACCGUGACCGGAUCUGGCCGGGCGGACGGCGUAGGAGAUGGACCACGAUAUGCAUUGCAAACAUAGUAUCCAUCUGGGUCUGCGAGGUAUUGAUGCUAAUUCUUGAAUGACAAAGCGACUGCUGCAGGAAGCAACGGGUCACAAGUGUUGUAGCGCAGGAUAAUUGGCUCGUCUUGUACAUGACAAGCCCGGUUGUUGUCUGCGCGGAUUCCUACAAGAGAGGUAGCUUGUCCCCAAGUGGCGACGAAGAACGGGAGCAGCAGAGCGCGGCGAGGUUCCGGCACUGCAAUGGCUCCCUUCUGUUUUCAGCAUAGCAAGCCGCACUGGCCACACCUCGCCCCCCGUAAAGGAUAGAAGUAGCCCCCCGCAAGUGCGGCCAAUGCCGUCCGCGCGUGGUCCCAUGCUGUGCGACCGGGGCCAAGGUUUUGGACGGUCCGUGACGAACGUGCUGGACAGCCAGGAGAUCGUAUGAUAUCCGGGGCGCGAUCUCGCACUCUCCGGCCGGCUCGAGGUUGGUGGGAGGUGGCGCCUCGCUGAGACCGGGCUUUGGCAAUUCUUGGGGGCGCCUUUCUGAAACGCCGAAACCCGCAGAGACCGGGCCGACCGGCCAGGCAAUCGUUCGCUACCUGCUCGCUUCGCAUGUUAUUGAUAGUCUGCCUGAUGCGGGUUGGGCGUUCGCCGGCUGACUAGGCGCGCAGCUUUUGCCUUUCCCGGCUGGGUGGUAGAGCAAUCUGUGGCCGGGGUACGUCGGAGGGUGUUGCUUCGCCAUUCCUUUUCUCCGCGUAUGACAAUCGCCUCGAACAGGGACUGCCAGCAAAGUGGGGCGGCGCUGCGACAAGCAUGGAAGCCGAGAGGGGCAGCGCUACACUUCGAAGCGCAGGCGACAGGGCGUCAGCCACAAAGAAGCGGCGAAGGGCUCCGGGUGGCUGCCUAUGCGAAUCUGUAGCGCGUCGCCUGGGCUGUGCCGGCUCCCCGCGAGAAUGUGUCUAAGGCAGGCCGCUAAUCUCCCAUGGGGGCCACGGGGUUGAUCGGGUUGAAUCAUGAGCAAAACAGCCAAUCUACCUGGUAGAUGUAGGCGGCAGCGCGCCUCCCUGCGUUGCGUUACCACAGAACUUGCCGGAGGGGUGUCAGUGAUGCGCGUGCGCCGGCCAGCAGCGCAAACAGGCCGGCCGGCCACAGGCCCGGCGGGGUUGUUCACAUUGGCGGCAUGGGCAACAAGAAGCCGCUGCGCAAGAACGGCAGGCACCAGCGAGCUUGUUGGCGCCACGACAAAGGGCGACGGACAGGACGCGGGCGAGGCGUGCAGCACGCAGGCGGGCCCAGGUGCAACGAGGCGCCUACGUCCAGCGCGCGCCCGCUGAGUGGUUUGCCUUGUUGCCAGCAGGCCCGGCGAGCAACCUACUGCUGCAGGACACGCGGGCAGGCCGAAGAAAACAAGCGUGGCAACGGCGGGGGAUGCAGCGCAGGGAGCGCCGGCGAUGUAUUGCGAUGGCGGGGGGCGCUUCGGGUCAGGGCAAACCGGGCGCACCGGAACACGUAGCGAAGGCAGGGAAGCAGGCGAGGCGAUGCGCCGCAGGGGCAGGGAGCGAACGCCCGCGAGUGCGAUGUUGCGUUGGCUGCAGUGUUCCCGACCUAGAAUUGUUUGCAAUGGAUGCAUGACCUGCGGAAGCAACGCCGUCGGUGCUGUGCCUUGAUUUAACACGAAAAAUCUGGGCCAAGUACGCUGCGGAUUUGCGGAAGUACUACAGUCAAGCGGAGUGUCUCUAUGAGAGUGCACAAGCCCUCGCCCACGUCAGUUGAAGGGCAUCUGCAGAAAAAGAACAAGGGGUAGCGAAGUGGUCGCAGCCCCUGUAUGAUACACUGGGAAAGGGGGAGCGGUGCACCCGCAUAGUUGCAUUUUCGUCGUUGACAGUAGUGACCGAGAUUCGCUACUGGACGCCAAGGAUCUGCUGCGCCGGUUGCUGAAAGACCCUUCCGUCACGGAUAGUGUUAUUCUGGUGCUGGCAAACAAGCAGGACGUGGACGGCGCACUGUCGGUGGGCUCCGUGACACGCCUGUUGGAUCUGGAGCAAUUCAACAGCUUGAUCUGGCGCGUCAUUUCCACAUCCGCGCUCUCUGAGCAGGGCGUCUACGAAGCCUUGGACUGGAUGAGCCGAACAAUCGUCAAGAAGGCGGAGCUCGAUGCAGAUUGA